CACCUCAAAAAACACCAGCGGAAACCCACAGGGAAGAAAUCUCACUGCUGCUCUGACUGUGGGAAUAUAUUCAACUCUUCAGCAGACCUUAAAAGACAUAUGAGAAUCCAUACAGGAGAGAAACCGUAUAGCUGUAAUCAAUGUGGGAAGAGUUUUACUCACUCAAGCUGCCUGAAGGUACAUUUGAGAACACACACAGGAGAGAAACCUUAUAGCUGUGAUCAAUGUGGGGAGAGUUUUGUUACAUCUAGCCAUCUGACUAUACACCAGAGAACACACACAGGAGAGAAACCUUAUAGCUGUGAUCAAUGCGGGAAGAGUUUUACUACAUCUAGCCAUCUGACUAUACACCAGAGAACACACACAGGAGAGAAAUCUUAUAGCUGUGAUCAAUGCGGGAACCGUUUUGUUACAUCUAGCCAUCUGACUAUACACCAGAGAACACACACAGGAGAGAAAUCUUAUAGCUGCGAUCAAUGUGGGAAGAGUUUUACUCACUCAAGCUGCCUGAAGGUACAUUUGAGAACACACACAGGAGAGAAAUCACACGACUGUGGGAAGAGUUUUGUUUCGUCCCAAUAUUUAGAAUCACACCAGAGAACACACAUAGGAGAGAAAUCUUAUAGCUGUGAUCAAUGUGGGAAGAGUUUUAGUCAAUCAAGCAUCCUAAUGGUACAUUUGAGAACGCACACUGGAGAGAAGCCUUAUAGCUGUGAUCAAUGUGGGAAGAGUUUUAGUCGAUCAAGCAUCCUGAUGGUACAUUUGAGAACGCACACUGGAGAGAAACCUUAUAGCUGUGAUCAAUGUGGGAAGAGUUUUAGUGAUUCAAGCAACCUGAAGGUACAUUUGAGAACACACACUAGAGAGAAACCUUAUAGCUGUGAUCAAUGUGGCAAGAGAUACGCUGGUAAAAUAACUCUGAUUAAACAUCAGAAAGUACAUACAUGAA